UAAAAAUGGCGACCAGGAUGAACCCAGAUUUGAAGAAAGAAAGAGAAAGCGCCAGUUUCGACCCGGAGAAGAUCACAAACUUCCUGUAUGGAGGCCCGGAGAAGCUCAGAAGGAAGAGGGAGUUAGAGUCCCUUGCCCUGAAUGACCCUGACUUCCAACAUGAAGACUUGAACUUCAUGUCACGAGAACAGCAGUAUGAGACCCAGCUGAAGAAGGGGAUCGCGAUGAUCACAAAGAUGAAGGAACUCAACAUCACCGAUUUUUGGGACCAGUACUACUACACCACUGCGGUUCUUGUGUCUGAUGGCUACCCCAUGAGUGUCCAUGAGAGGAUGUUUCUCCCCACCCUGCGUGGACAGGCUACGGAACAACAGAAGGAAAAGUGGCUGAAGAUGGCAGAGAACUACGCCAUCGUUGGCACGUACGCGCAGACGGAGAUAGGACAUGGAACCUUUGUUAGAGGCCUGGAAACAACAGCGACCUUUGACCCAAAGACCCAGGAAUUCAUCCUCAACACUCCGACUCUCUCAGCAUCCAAGUGGUGGCCGGGGGGAAUGGGGAAGACGUCCAACUAUGUCGUCCUGAUGGCCCAGUUGUACAUCCGCGGCAAGUCGUACGGCGUUCAUCCCUUCAUGCUGCAGAUUCGCAGUCUGGAGGACCACAAGCCUAUGCCUGGAGUGACUGUUGGUGACAUCGGCCCCAAGUUUGGUUAUGACUUCAUGGACAACGGCUUCCUGGCACUCAACAAUGUCAGGAUCCCGAGAGAGAACAUGCUCAAGAAGUAUUCAAGGGUUGAGCCGGAUGGCACGUACGUGAAGCCGCCCAGUACCAAGCUGACCUACGGUACCAUGGUGCUGGUGAGAGCUGGCAUCGUCAUGAGCUCCAGCAGGGUCCUGGCCAGGGCUGUUACCAUAGCAACUCGCUACAGCUGUGUGCGCCGUCAGUCCGAGAUGAAACCAGGCCACCCAGAGCCCCAGGUGUUGGACUAUGUAACCCAGCAGUACAAGUUGUUCCCAAACCUGGCUGCUGCCUAUGCCUUCUGGCUGACUGGACAAACCAUGAUGUCGGUUUACAACAAGUCCUCCAGCCAGAUCGAAAAGGGAGACAUCAGUGUCCUACCUGAGCUUCAUGCCCUUUCUGCUGGUCUGAAGGCUCUGUCGUCAGCGAGGGCAGAUGUUGGAAUGGAGGAGUGUCGUCUGGCGUGUGGGGGACAUGGGUACUCUCACGCCAGUGGGCUGCCCCGUCUGUACACCAACAGUACUCCCGCCGCAACUGCCGAAGGGGAACAUGUCGUCCUGAUGCUUCAAACUGCAAGGUACCUGAUGAAGAGUUAUACCCAGUCUGUGCAGGGAGAGAAGCUGGCUGGUUCGGUGGCGUACCUGUCAGGGGUACAGCCGGUCCCUGUGGCUGGGAGAACCAGGAACAUGCUGGACCUGGGAGUUCUGUGUGAUGCCUACGAGCACAGGGCAGCUAGACUGGUGCGUGAGGCUGCUGAACAACUGAGGAGUGAAAUGCAGGCUGGGAAAGACCAAGCAGACGCAUGGAAUGCAACAUCAGUUGAUCUGCUCAAGGCUGCCACGGCCCACAGCCAGUACUUUGUGGUGAGGAACUUUGCAGAGAGGCUGACAGACACCACACUGGACAGCUCCGUCUUUGCUGUCCUGACCAGGCUGUGUCAGCUGUACGCUCUACAUGGACUGGUCACUAACAGUGGAGACUUUCUGGAGGAUGAUUACUUGACCGGUGCAGACAUCCGCCAGGCCAGACGCCACAUCAACACCCUCAUGGCCAAACUCCGUCCUGACGCCGUGGCUCUGGUCGACGCUUUCGACUACCCGGACGGGAUCCUGAACUCCAUACUGGGGCGCUACGAUGGGAACGUCUACGAACACCUGCUGGAGUGGGCCAAGGCCUCGCCUCUCAACAUAACUGAUGUGCACCAGUCCUACCAGAAGUACCUGAAGCCCUUCCUACAAGCCAACAGGGCCAAGCUGUGAAGAUGUCAGCUGAUAGGAUUUCUACAUGCUGCUUCUGCUGUAUCAGUAGAUAUGGAUGGAUGGCUUGUUUUACUGCUCCGGUAUUGCGGUCAUAUUUGCAUAAUGGUCUUAUGAGACCACUUGAGGAAAUGCCUACCAACUAAAAUUGGUCAUGACAUUUUCGCUAUGCCUGAAUCAAAUGUUCAGGGAAAAAUAAGACAAUCAUUGAUCAGUUUCAAAGCAAUGUUAUAAAGUCAUGAGGAGAUGUAUAGAACACUUAAUUUAGUUGUGGACCAGUAGUUACCCAUACUUCAUAUCUAAUGAGUACUUCAUAGACACUCUU